AUGUAUAAUGAGUCUCAGCGACGCGUCACGUUUCACCUACCGGACGGCUCCCAGGAGAGCUGCAGUGAUAGUGGCCUGGGCGAACACGAGCCGGUGGGCAGUGUGGGCAGUGGCUCUCACCUGACACACGCUCUCCCUCUGGUGCAGGCGCCAGACGACUUCUACGAGCAGGCCUCCCCCGACAAGAGGACUGAGGCCGACGGGAACUCCGACCCCAACUCCGAUCAAGAGCGUAGCCCCAAGGUCGAAGCCAGCGCUGCCUGCUGA